UAUACUUCUUGUCACAAUCUGGGUUCAUUUGAGGGUCCAAGUUUAUCGCCAUGUAUGACUUCAGGUUACCUGCAGGUGUCGAUUUUGGACGUACCAUUUGCGCCUCAACCUGUUUGGAAAUUCAGACAGAGCGCCGGCUCGGCGAUAUAAGGACAACCCCGUUGCAGACUCGCACUCGGACUUCCUUCAAGCUCUUUGAACCAUCAUUGACAUAGCUCAAGUCCAAGUCCCCCAACCUUUCAUAUAACCACUUCAUCGUCACAAGCUCGCGGCCUCUUGUUCAACAGACCAUGUUGGACUUACUCUCCAAAGAUCGAAUAGUCAACGAGGCAGGCCUCAGAGCCGCCUUGUAUCAUCUGGACGCAAUUUCAUCGUCAGGAGCAACCGCAUUACAAGCCACGGUUGAACAUAUGUUGUCAUCACCUCAUAUCUUUGCAUAUAUUAUUUCUGUUUGGGAUCGCCGCGAGGCAAUAAUCUCACAGAUCAUGACAAACUUUCCAACGAAAUCUCAAGAAUAUCCGGCAUCCAUUGCGAGAAGAAUGCUAGACACUCUGUCCAUGUACUUUUUAGCUUUUCCAGCUGAAUCUCUGACGGUGGAUGUCUCAAAGGACAUCGAUCGUCACAGUGGCUUCAUCGAGGGCGCUUUACCUGUACUUUACGCGCUGAACACUAUGGGGAUUGCUGGUGCAGAGUCUGAUAAUGGAUUCGUCAAGAAGAAGGUGCCUCGGAAAAUGUACAAGCGCAAUCGUCUGAAAGGUCAUACGGCCAUCGACACAUCGCUCUUCGUGAGGCUUGGUGUGGUUGUCCCUCUCACGAGCGAGGCUGCCGCAUCAUUGUCUACUCAGAUUCUUGCAGAGCUGAAAAAUGCUCUCUCGUUCUACCUCUCGCUUCUGCGGAGGACGGAAUUGGCAGGCGAUAUCAAAGCCUUACUCCUCCAAAAUGUUGGGAAGUCUGCUAAAGAUGUUGCGCCUGAAGUUUCGUCAACCGAGGAUGUCGAGAGCCCAACAAACCGACCUAGUGCGUGCGAAAUGGUGCAGUCUAUGAAGGCUGCGCUUUACUUCGACAACGCGGACGGGUUCGGAGAGUGGCGGAUCCUCGUAUCCACGGAGGCGUACAAAAAAUUGCGUGAAUUCCGUAGAGCAGAUCAGAAGACAUUCAAGAUCGUCUUCAAGAAGAUCAAAGAACUAUCGAAUGGCCAUUUCUCAGAUGAUAAUCACAAGCGAAUUAACGGGCCGGAUGCAGGCAUACCCAUCUACGACGCCAAGGUGACAAAGGACUUACGAUUAGUAUAUCAGAUUGAUUGUAUCCCUGACCAGGAUGGAAAGUCCGAAAGACAAGUAAUCCAGGUAUAUGGCAUUUAUAUGCAUGCACAGUUUGGCAGAAUAUGGGAUGCCUUGGGUAGCCAUCUCGCACGCAAGGGCAGAGAAUAUCGUAGAAGGUGCACCUUACCAGUCCUGUCUAAAGACAGCGCGAUUAUGCCUGCGUCAUUCCCACCAGCUGAACAUGAGCCAGAAUGCUCAGGAAGCCCACUUGAUCUUAGUGAUAAAGACAUGCUUCACCCUUUGCUUGUUUUGGAGAAAUAUGUCACAUUCUCGCAAGCGCUCCUGCAUGGUCUCAUCGCAAACCGAGACGUAGAGCACGUCUUUAAGCUCACACCACAAGAACAAAAUAUUGUCGAGUGCACCACGUCAAGUUACGUCUUGGGUCGCAGCGGUACAGGAAAAACCACGACGAUGUUGUUCAAGAUUCUCGGCAUUCAGCGAGCUUGGGAAAUGAGCGCCGUCGCCAUGCCGAAGCCACGCCAAAUCUUCGUCACCAAAUCCAGAGUGCUCGCUACGAGAGCGGAAGUGUAUUUCGCGAAGCUUGUCGAAUCUCUGGCGUUAGCAGGCUAUACCCUGGAGGAACUUGCAAAAAUGAAGGCACGAAGUGUUCAGGAGGGCCUUGUUGAUCUCGACGACCUGCCCGAAUCACAUAUGAGUAUACCCAUGAAAUACAGCGAACUUGAGGACAAGCACUUUCCGCUUUUUGUAACUUUCGAUCGACUGGCAAAAAUGAUCGCAACAGAUAUCUUGGACAAGAAAGAUAGCGCAGGACUUGUCUUCAAUGUGGACGAUGCCGAGGCGCAAGACCGUUUCGUCACCUAUGACGUAUUCGCACAUCAAUACUGGCCUCAUUUUCCACAGAAUCUCACUAAGAAUCUUAAUCCGUGGUUGGUUUUCAGCGAAUUCAUGGGGAUUGUCAAAGGCUCCGAAGACGCACUGAAUUGUCAAGGAGUUCUCGAUCGCCCAAACUACAUCCGUCUUCCUCAUCGUUCUUACCCAAAUUUUGCGAAUCAGAGGGAACUUCUGUAUGAUAUCUUCGAGUAUUAUACGAAAAUCAAGAGGCAGCGAUGUCAUCAUGAUGUUGCAGACCGUGCAUAUGCGAUACUCAAGGUCUUGCGGACCCAGAGGUUCCCUGGCCAACAUAUUGAUUAUAUGUAUGUCGACGACGUACAAGACAUCCUUCUGAUCGAUGCACUCUUUUUGAGGCAAUUAUGCGGGAAUCCAGAUGGUUUGUUCUGGGCUGGUGACACCGCGCAGACAAUCUCUGCAGGAAGUUCCUUUAGGUUCAAUUAUCUGAAAGCGUUUCUCUACCGCAUGGAGCGAAACACCUCGAUCAAUUCCACUGGAGCAUAUCUUCAUCAGCCUAUGAUGUUUCAAUUGACGAUCAACUACAGAUCACAUGGUGGCAUUGUCAACUGCGCGAAUUCUGUGAUCGAACUCAUCACAAAAUUUUGGCCCAACACAAUCGACGGUUUUCGGCAAGAAAAAGAGGUGGUUGGUGGGCUCAAGCCUGUAUUUUUUACUGGUUGGGACGAAGAUGCCCUUCGUUAUGAACAGUUCUUCUUUGGGGCGAGCGGUAGUCACGUUGAGUUCGGAGCCCAGCAAUGCAUUCUCGUGCGUGACGAUGCGGCACGUCAGAAGUUACGAGACCAAGUUGGUCAAAUUGGACUAAUUAUGACGCUUUAUGAAAGCAAAGGCCUGGAAUUCAAUGAUGUGCUGCUGUACAACUUUUUCGAGGAUUCUGCUGUAGAUCUGUCGCGAUGGCGCAUAGUUCUCAAUGGGGUAGACGGUCAAAGAUAUGCACCAAAUUUUGAACGAGACGAGGCGCGAUACGCCGGGGUUUGUAGCGAGCUCACACUUCUUUAUGUGGAGAUCACUCGGGCAAGGAAGAACAUAUGGAUCGUUGACAAAUCUGAUAGAUCAGAGCCGAUGCGUAUAUUCUGGACGUCUCGCAACCAGAUCUAUAAUUGUGUCCCCGGCACCGAUGUCCCUCCUCUAGCCGUCUCCUCGACUCCAGAAGAAUGGGCAUCCUUCGGGCGCUCACUAUUCUCGCACAAGCGCUACUCGCAGGCUAUCCACUGCUUCGAACGUGCCAACCUUCGUCGUGAAGUGAAGGUCUGCGAAGCAUAUCAAAUCCGAGAAGUCGCACGUUCUAGUGUCGGCGUGGCCUUACUCAGCGACCAAAAAAGAGCUUUUAACGUGGCUGCCGACGCCUUUACUGAUUGUGGGGCGACCGCGACAGGAAAUCAGAAGCUUCAGUACUAUCGUAACUCGGCGGAUUGCUACAUUCGAGCAGGAGAAGAUCUUAAAGCUGCCGAGGCCUAUUUCAAUACUCGAGAGUUCGAGCAAGCAGCGAAAAUAUAUCGCAAGGCUGGACAGUUUGACAAGACCCUCCAUGUCCUUAAUUACCAUGGCACGGAUAUACCUGAAGAGACCAAGGCGGAGUUAUGGACUGUGUGCAGACUGUUUUACUGCAGCAGGAACAACGCUCAGACUCCCUUGCCCCUCUUCUCCACGUUUGAUGAACAACUCGAAUUUCUGGAGGACUAUGAUCUUGAUUACGCUCGUGCAUCACUACUUGAAUCUCACUCAAGGUACUACGAGGCCGCAGAGCUCCACUUAUCAGAGAAUAGACCCUUGCAAGCUGUCAGGGCAUUCAUCAAGGACGAAAGUAACGAUUCUACUAUUCGUGCGGCCGAUACUAUAUUGGAAUACUUCUGGCGCAAAUGCUCCUUUAGAAUCACGGCAAAAUCCAUUGUUGAUGAGCCAAUGCGGCAUUUUAUCGCUAUCGCUGAUGAGCUGGAGACGAACAAACUAACGCUGGCCACGCGUGAUUUAAUAUCGAUGUUUCAAAACAUCUUGCGCGGAAAUCAUGAGCCGUUGAGAAAUCUUGCGCUUAACUUCUAUAUACAAGAUAACAAGCCAGCAGCUCUCCUUUGUCUGGACCAUAUAUUCUCUCGAACCACAGAUAUUCGAGCUUUCACGGUCAAUGAAAUGCAACGGUUCCUUCAACAAUUUCACGCCUAUACGCGACUGCUCUAUCUUAUUUUGACCUUCCCUGACCUCAUGGAGCAUAGGGCUAUUCAGAGACUAUUCUCCAUCGUGCGGUUGUCCGGUGACGAGUUUCUCAUACCAGAUGGAACGUUCCUUCACAACAAUGUAAUGGAAAUGUGCCAGGGCAUCACUUGGGUAUCGGAACAUCCGUCCGGGUAUACAGCUUCUCGUAGAGUCGUCACCCAGCUGCUACAACAAUCCAUUCGAACGAUCUUGAAAGACAAAAUAUCGCAGAUCGAUGCUAUGUGCUGCAAAUCUCCCGUUUUCUCUCAAUGCCUGGAAUUCUUGAUAUCUGGAGUAUGUCGACGAUAUAUCUGUCCCCAGGAGCAUGUUGCAGUAUCGAAAUUGGAUCGCCAGUAUUACAACAAGCGUGUUGCCAUCCACAUCUGGCAGAUCCUGAUCUUGCAAUUCAUGUAUUCCGCCCACCCAUACAUUGAGCGACGCAAAAGCAUGAGGCGCUGGCUCAAGCAUCUUUAUGAGGCCAUCAAUCCACCCUUCUUCAUUCAAGGUUCCCCUGCGGACCUCGACAUGAACCUGAUGCCUCUUCGUCUGGAUGGCAUGAAAGUGGUGAAGCUCUGGAUUCGCGAAUCCUUCUACUCGCUCGACCCAUCCCAUACCCAGGCUGAAUUUUUGACGGAAUUGAUGGGAAUAACCAGUCUUAGUUUUGCUUUUGACAGGGACGACGCACCUGUCUACAUCUCUCGAGCAAAUUGUACGAUCUCCGGACCAUUGGAACUCUUUCGCAAGGGGGACAAUCGUUAUAUGGUUCAUGACCUGCUCAAUUCUUACCAAGGAGCGACCCGCAGCAGCAUCUCAUCGGGGAUUCUGUAUAUUCUGCACGUUCUCGACAAUCGUGUAUGUGUCAACCUCUCCAUGUUGUGCGACUGUAUCGAGGACGUCUGCAGCGCUUUUGUAAUCAAGUACCGAAUGGACCCAGACUUGAAUGAGUUUCCUCUUCAUAACGUCGUCCUUCCAUGUAAAUGGCUGCUGUUUCCCCAUAACUUCACUACGGAGAAAAAAACCAACCUGUCUUUGAUGGCCAAGCUUCUAGAUGAGAUAGCGAGGCUGGUCGAAGCAUUGCGCGUAGAAGCCGGCAUGGAUUUCCUCUGGCUGAACUACGCGAAAUUUACGCCUAUUCUCCGCAAUGUUUUCAUUUCCCGGAUCUGCAGGGUCCUCUGCCUUAUUGCUCAUAACAUCAGGAAUCGCUUCUUGAGAAACAAAGUAGACAAUAUCAUUCUUUCUCUGCACGACAACAACCCUCCUUCAAACUGGCGUCUAGCUAACUAUCGGAAACUCGUGGAUGUCGUGGUCAGGUACAUGACACCCUUGCCAGGACAGGCGCCACCCUCAGACGUUUACUUGCGAGCUCUCCUGGCUUUGGACGACAACAAAGGAGUGAGCAACCUGGUGCAUCUUGUCUACAAAACCAUGAACCAGUGUACCCGAGUCUAUAUAGUCCGACGACUCGUAUACGAGAAGAUCAUCGAGAUCCCCUAUCUCCUUUCAUCAUACGCAGUGACUGCACAGUCUACUCUGAAAGUAGUGGCCCCUGCCUUUGUACCUCGCUUAGAACAUUCAAAGGACCCACCAGAGGUUAUCCAACACGAUGAAAAAGAAAAAGUGGAAUUGCAACCUCAAGAGUUCGAAGAAGAAGAAGAAAUGGAGGAAGAUGUCACGGCGAACGCUGAUACCGAGGCCCGUGAUGCGGUGAUGUUGCUUGCACAUGAUCUUAGCGAGUUGCUACGCACCAACGGACCAUUGGUGGAGGAGGAAGAGGCGGCUUGCAGAAUUCAGAAAGCAUACCGUCGUUACAUCAGACGCCGCUCGAGUCAUGCAGUUAACGCCGAAAUUGAUGCGAUGUUCAUGACGUGCCUGAAGGAGACGCAGUCCUCUGAAUGGCGUUCGGGUUAUUACACCUUCCUUUUCCUUGGACCAUUGCCUCACCUCCUGGUGUGCUUGGAACGAGGCAUUACUCUGACUUGCGCGGCCGUGGCGAAGACAAAAAGCCUUUGGAACAAGGAACCUUAUGAAAAACUUGAGGAGUUGGGCAAGCAGAGAAGCGAGCUAGCAGCGCUUCUCAGGCAGGGAUUGAGAUUACGCAGACAACUGGAACCUUCCUCGCCCGCUCAUCGUGACCGUGACAUUGACGCACUCAAAUCUAGAGUUUCAGAGGUCGAUGAAUUCAUGCAGAAGGUUCCCGGCAACAUGAAAGAUAUGCAAUCCGACUUUCAAAUAGCCUUCAAGGGCAUUGUUGCAAAGAAUAUUCAUGUGAGAAGGAGAAAUUGAUACCUGCUCCCAAUGUCGAGGAUAUGAACGACUGUUGAUUUCGUUUAGGUUGUGGACUGCCAUUUCGUCGGUGUAUCAUAUAUCAUAUUGUACAGUGUGUAUUUCCGUAAAUCGAUGCCUGUACGCGCGAGAACGAACGUUAACGAAAGUAGACAAUAAACAAGUUUUCGUCAUGAUCA